GGGUGUUACCGACUCAUAUUAUAUCAAGUUUGAAAAGCAAACAUAGGAUCAGAAAUUAGGCGCCUUCAAGUUUUCAUAUUGCACGUGUGAUAUUUUUUCAAGAUUCCUCUCAAAUUCCGGUAGCUUUUCAUUUGCUGUGGAUGCGUCUAGGUCCACUCCGCUUAUAAUAUUCGGUGCUCUUAAAUAGUCGCUGGGAUCGGUUAAAUGCGAAGUGUGGAAGCUCCAGUUUUUCUCCACUGCCGGAUUAGCCCGUGUGUGUUUUUGAGGAUAUCAGGUCUUGCACGGUGCGGUACAGGCUCUGAAGAAUGAAUCGAUAGUAUCAAUCAUCUGCGAUAUCCUUCAGGACUUCGAUAACAACGCGAUCUGUUUUCUCCGGCGAACAAGGUCAUGAUGUAUUCGCCGAUUUGUCUAACACAGGAUGAGUUUCAUCCCUUCAUCGAGGCUCUGCUCCCUCAUGUCCGUGCCAUAGCCUACACCUGGUUCAACCUGCAGGCGAGGAAACGCAAAUACUUCAAGAAGCACGAAAAGCGGAUGUCCAAGGAUGAGGAACGGGCCGUGAAAGACGAGCUGCUCAGCGAGAAGCCUGAAAUCAAGCAGAAGUGGGCAUCCCGUCUCCUGGCCAAGCUGCGUAAGGACAUCCGGCAGGAGUACCGGGAAGACUUUGUGCUCAGCGUAACGGGCAAGAAGCACCCGUGCUGCGUUCUCUCCAACCCCGACCAGAAGGGCAAGAUCCGCAGAAUCGACUGCCUGAGGCAGGCUGAUAAAGUGUGGCGGCUGGACCUGGUGAUGGUCAUCCUGUUCAAAGGUAUCCCGCUGGAGAGCACAGACGGUGAGCGACUGGUCAAGUCCCCGCACUGCACCAACCCGGCACUUUGCGUCCAGCCCCACCACAUCACUGUCUCGGUGAAAGAGCUGGACUUGUUUCUGGCAUACUAUGUCCAGGACCAAGACUCGCAGCAGUCAGGAAGUCCCAGCAACAAUGAGCCUGGCAAGAACCCUCCAGUUUACUUAGAAGACAGCUUUGUUAAAUCAGGGGUCUUCAGUGUUUCAGAGCUGGUGAGAGUUUCCAGAACUCCCAUCACACAGGGUGCAGGAGUGAACUUCACCAUGGCCGACAUGCCGAGUCAACCGUAUUAUCAAGACCUGAACUCUGGAGUGAGUUUACACCGGUCCCUCUCGUCCCCACCUGGCAGUAAGCGGCCUAAGACGAUCCAAGAGGACAGUAUGGAGACCAGUCCCACCGGGCCAGACUUCUACUCGUCCCCCAGUUCACCGGCCAGCAGACCCUGGCAUGAGAGAGAACAAGCAGACAUGUCCUCUCCCACCAUGAAGAAACCAGAGAAGCCAUUAUUCAGCCCCACAUCUCCACAGGACUCUUCACCUCGGCUCAGCACCUUCUCCCAGCACCACCACCCAGGACUGACCACUGUUGGCCAUAGCGUAAUCUCCACCAGGAGUCCACCUCCACACUCUCCGCUGCAGUUCUCGGCCCCUGCCAUCCUUCCCCCGGCACCCUCGCCCUACAUCUCUCAUGGCGCCAUCCGUUACCCUCCACACCUCAACCCACCCGACACCCUCAAGAACUACAUGCAGCCUUACGACCCGUCCAGCCCGCAGAGCAGCCAGCCAAACAGCAGUGGUCAGGUACUGGGGAAAGUUCCUGGUCACUUCACACCAGUGCUGGCCCCCUCGCCCCACCAUGGCACGGUGAGACCAGUGUCUCUCUCCAUGGCUGACACCAAGCCAAUCACCACAUCUUCAGAAGGUUAUUCAGCUCCAGGCACCCCUACUGCCAACCGUUUUGUGGGACUGAGCCCCAGAGACCCAGCCUUCCUUCACCAGCAACAGCUGAGGAUUUGUGACUGGCCCGUGAAUCAAAACAUCAGGUCAUAUGGCUCAGAGGAGACUUUGGGGAUUUCUUGGCCAAGUCCUGGUACCUGGGCGAGCUUAAUUCCAUUCCAAGUGUCGAACGGGACUCCGAUUCUGCCAACAAAUGUCCAGAAUUACAGCAUAAACAUCAUUGGUGAGCCCCUCCUCCAGGCAGAAUCAAGCAAUUAAAGGGGGCCUAAAACUUGGAGCCAGGAGCAGCAGGUCCUCAGACAAACCAGCAAGCAGCACUUAUACAAUCGACCUGGACCUUUGUCCCACCCUCUAAUGGACAUUGGCUUAGAGCAGCAGAGCGAGUCGGGUCAAAGCGUUCAGUCAGUCAGUCAGUCAGUCAGUCAGUCAUUGUGUAUGGAGGCCCCUAAACUGAGAUACUGUGAUAUUUACCAUACAAAACUUUAGAUGCCUUACUGUAUAUGCAUGACAUGCUAGUCUCUCGUAGUGUUUCUCUUGUUCUUAUGUCACGAUUACUAGUCUUGGUUUACGAAAUGAUGUAGAGAGGGGUGGCCACACAAGCGCUGGCUGGCUGGACGGUUUGAAAAGCGGGCUGCAAUUCUAACGAACUUUCAUCAACCAGAGGCUCAUCCUAUUCAUUACAUAACCAUAGGAACAAAUUUUCAAUUAACUUAAUGUUUCUAUUGUCAUAUUUCACUCUAAAUUUAAUUUGCCCAUGGUGCAAAAUCUUUUGAAAUCUGCAAUCUUGUCAAUCCUGUACUUAUUUCCUUUUAAGGUAAAGGUUGGAAAGAGUUAAGAACUCUGAAAAAAAAAAAUCUUCAAUGAAAAAAAAAAAACUAACUGUAUUACUAGGUAAGAAAUACAACCCCUUUUUAAUAUUUUUGAUAAUUCCUUUAAAAAAAGGAAAAAAAAGACAAUAUCUCAUAAGAGGCAAGUGCAAUUUAAAUGAUUUUACUGAAGGGAAGCUAUCAUAGUCUGUCUGCCCUAAGACUCUAAAGGAAGGGGGAGUAAAUGUUUUCUAUGUGAACUUAAACGUAAAACAUAAAAAAAACAAAAAAAAAAACAAUUGCAUCCUUGAUUCGGCAUACUAGGGAAAGCUGAGGGUGGAAAAGUGGGAUUGACAAUGAACGUUUACGUGAGCAGAACUGAACACGAACAAGACAGCACUUAUUUUGAGCCGUACCCAAACAUGCGGGUAGUUUUUUAAAAUUAUUUAUUAAAAUGAAAACUUAAAAUAGGUGAAAAGACUCAAACACACAAUGUGUAUAAAAUGGCUUAUUUUGACAUAUUACUCACCAAUCUGGUAUGCAUGUUUAGUUGGCUGUUAGCUUCUGAAGCUACUGUUUACACUUUGAUAUCAUGAGAAACGAGAUGAAUGCAGGCUGAUGAAGUAAUUUAAGACAAAACGUCUAUGAGUGUUGUGUGAAAAAUCUGUACUCAUUUCAACACUAAUCUGCAGGUUGAGAUCUCAAGGUGCUUAUUUCACGCCCACUUUGGUAGUUCCCAACAGCCGCAGUCCCAGAAAUCUACGAUUGCUCCCGGCAUUCUCAAUGCCAUUGCCUCUCCAAUCAGACAUAUUUAUAGAAUUAAUCUUUCCAAUAAUCUUAAUUUGCACGAAAAUAUAUAGUCCACGUUACGUGCCUUGCCUUAGACUAUAGAAAACAUCACUACACUUGUUUUUGCUGCAUUUAUUACCGUUGUAGGAAAGAAAGUAACAUUUUUAUGAUAAGAACUAUUUUGUACUCUGGAUGAAAUUGUGACAUUGUUGAUUUUUAGCUUCAUUUACUACUUUAUCUCACAUUUACAGUGCAUAUCAAGGCUGUGUAUAGUUGCCGUUCUAAAGUUUAUAAUCAACCAGCAUUAUUUUUUUCAGUAUUUCGGUGGUUUUCAUUUUUGAUUCUGUUUUAAUCAUGUGUUUUUUUGUUUGUUUUUUUUUUUUUCAUCUUCCAGUCAUUAUUGGGGAGGGAGGGGUCCAGAUUUAUAAGAAUUAUGCAAUACCAAGUUUUGCCUAUGUAGGUAGUGCUUUUAGCUAUGUGGAUUAUUAGAAGCUAGUACAGAAAUACAGAUAGUGUAAACAUUUAUUUUGUUGAUGUUGUUGUUGAUAUUGUUCUUAUUUUUCCUUUUUUUUUUUUUUUUUCUCGUAAUUGACCAAAGUGGGAACUGCUUUCUAUGCAGUGUGUGACAAGGUCUUUUUUUCCCCCUUGAGACUACCGAAAGGUGGAGAGGUGCAUGUAAGAGUUGUUUUGUUUCGUAUUCUCUAUAAGGGGAGGAAUUUUUUCUACACUUUGACGCAUGUCAGCAAAGAAUGCACCAUUUGGUCUAAUAUGGCUGCAAAGUCACUGAUUUGUCUACUGUGACUAAAAAACUCAUAUUAAAUAUUAAAUUUCCCACCUGGGGUGCUAGUGUGACUCUCGGAAGAAGACGACUUUCAUAGGGGAGACAGCUUGACUUGAGAGCGACAAUCACCAAUGAAGUAAUUUAAUAUUAUUGCAUUGUCAUUUCAGAUAUAUUCUUAUCCCGUGAGUAACUACCCCAUUCUUGCUGCAGAGUAAAUAAUGUAGCUAUAUGCAGUUCCCAAGUAGAUGCCUUAAACAAACAAGUGACUUGUUAUAAAAUGCGCUACAAUCACCAUCACGCAAGUUCAUGCGUGUUAAAUGUCACAAUCAAAAAAACAAAAAAAAAUCAGUUUUUGUUAAUGUUCCCUUUGAAGUGCUUCAAUUUACCGCCUUAUUGAGAUCGUAGUUCACAGAUGAAUAAAACUCCCCAUGGGGAGAAUUAAAGCAUUGAUGGAGAUAUUUUAUAGUUAUUUCAAAUUGUAUAUAUUAUUUUGGAGUUGUUUCGCAAGCUACACACUUUGGUAAAAGGGAAUAAUUUAAUGCCCUUGAGUCUCGAGGAUCAAGGAAUUCUUCGUUGGAAAAUAAUAGUUUUGCACCUACAGCUUAUAGGCAAUCAUCCACCCAUAGUGUCCUUCCAAUUGAACACAGAACAAUAAAAACUCAGGCGUUAUGCCUCACAGGGCAUUACCAGCAAUUAAUAAUCACCUUUUUAUAAAAGCACUUCAAAACACUUAAUCUCCCCUUUACAUUAUUAUAGUUUCAUAGUGUAAGUCUUAAAUCACUAGUCAGUCUGUUUUCUGAGACCUCAAGUCAAGCUGAAUCUCUCCUCCCUCAUUCAAGAUGAUUUAAAAAAUAAAUAAAUAUUAAACUAGACAAAAAACUUAAAACAAAAAGCCACCCUGUUCAAUGUGCACUGUUUUGCCUUUUAGUUAUUUUUGAUUUGUGUAAAAAUAAGUGCUUUGCAGCCUUCUGGCCAUUGGCAAUGCCACUGAAGUGCAUUUCCUCCUGGUGUGAAGGGAGUGUCAGGGUAAUAGAGUCAUUCUCGUAUUCUUAAAGGAAUAUUCCGGGUUCAAUACAAGUAUUUGUGGCAUAAUGUCGAUUACCACAAAAAUUAAUUUUGAAAAAUGUAAAACUUUUCUUAAAAAAAGAAAAAAGAAAAAAGAAAAAGCAUUAAGCAUUGUCGAUUGAGCUUAACUUGCAUCGAACCCGGAAUAUUCCUUUAAGGUGUGUUGGAAACCGUGAAGAAGACCGUAGGUAGGGGCCAUCUCCAUGGCCGUUGUAAUAGCAAUAGUUUUUGGUAGUUGUCGUUAUGGGUUAAAAUCUGCUCUGGCAGCAUCGUGAAAUGUGUGUGUAGAUGACUAUGUCAGAGCGUAUGUUAAAGGAUGACUCAGACACUACAAGAGAAGAGUAGAUGAGGGUCUUUCUAUUGAAAUGCCUGCCUUGUUAAAAAAAAGUGUGUACACUGUAAAUUUCUUUCUUCCCCGUUUGUAAAAAGAAAAAACUUUUGACAUGUAAUCAUAAAUUUAAGUGAUCCAUAUUUUUCAGCGAAACAAAAAAACAAACAAAAAAUGUGCCGAGUUUAGAUUUGUGUUACAACUCUCCAACUGUCCAUUAAAUGAGAAAGAGGUUGAAUAUGUAAUUCUGUAUUUUUGUUUUCCUGUACUUAUAAAGUGGAAUGAAUUCCUAUUAGGGACUGUAAAUGUUUAAAACAAAAUGAUGAAGGUCUUUUGUUGUAUUUCGUGUUGAUUAACUUGGAUCCUUGAGACAUUUCAUAAAUGUUUGAAGUGUUGUUUUGUUAGUGUGGCCAUAGUGUGUGUGUGUGAUGUGACUGUGAUAUUGAAAAUGGGAAAAGAAAUAAUGUUGAAAUUUGUGUUAAGUAGGGUCAUUUAUUAAUUCUUUUUCAAAGUUGUGGAACUUCUAGUCACUUUAGAUUAAAGGCACCUGAUUUGAGUCUCCCAACAACAAGUACCAGGGUAAUGUCGCUAAAGACAUCACAUAUUGUUCUACUGUCUUGUGCAGAAUUAAGCAUGCAUUAUUUUCCCCAUCAAUAGAGGCUGAACCACCAUACAAUAUACAGAACUCAUCUGCUGAAAGGGGGAUCUUUUUCGGCAAGAUACUACGCCAAUACUGGCAUGUUGGCACCUCCAUUCUACAGUGUUUACAUAUGUCCCCUCUGGGCAGGGAUUGCCAUGUUUGGAUGAAUGCUGGUCGUGUUCGAUGUAUAGUUUUUUUCAGGGCAGGCUCGGUACGGAGAGAACUGUAACUCCUAGAAGACUUUGUGUGGACACGCAGAUGUCUUUUUCAUGUUGCCAUCGCAGAGUAAAACAGCUGAGCAUUUGCACUUUCGGCAGUUCCCACUAGCCCUUUCAUUGACAAAUUUUUUGUUGUUUGGAUUAUGUCAAGCUAGUCAUGAUGCUCGAGUGUUCAUAGAUAUGGCUAGGACAUGGCACAGGUAUCAAACACAGGGCACAUCGAUGCGGUUCAGGUUGCAGACAGUACACACAAAAGUUACCAAGGUUUUUCCCUUGUUCAAGAAUGAAGAACGCUAAAGUAAAUAAUCGAUGUCCUUUGAUAAUGAUUUGGGUUGAAUUUAAAUGGAAAAUAUGCGAGUUUCGCUCCGUGGUGCGGCAGAAAUUUGAGCAGCCUCCGGAGGAGUCGUAGCUGGGCGCCGCCGACAGGUGGCGAGUGGUGGCAGCGGUGUGCGUACCUUCAUUGAAAACAGUUGUUUCGAAUUUUAGAACACGCCAUGUCGUCCGCCAGACGUGUCCGGUGUGCGAUCCCCUUAAGUGUUGUCAUGGUAGCUCAGAGCACUUCCCCUCACCACAGCAUACAAUGUUAUGAGGCUAAUACGAUUUCUACCUUACUUUGGGGUACAAGUAGCAAUGUUUUUUUUUUGUUUGUUUUUUUUUCAAAGGGCUCAUUGGUAGUUUCCGGAAUUAGUUAUUUAAGAAAUUACAUAUUAAAAGCAGUAAGAUGGCCUGGUAAUGUUGUGAAAGCCAUUGUAAUGGCCCUAAAGAAGCCUACAUGUACUGUAAAUAAUUUAUGCAAGGAGCACCAGUGAAACUCAUGCAAUGUCUAUUUUCAGUUCUUCUGUUUGUUAGUGCAGGGAAAGGCAGGAGGACAUUUUGGUCCACAUCCACUCUCAUAUUUCCAUUUCUAGGGCAUUUAUAACAGCAUGAGUAAUCAUUGACAGGAACAUAAAAAAAAAAUUAAAAAAAAACUGCAUAUUAUGUGACGUAAAAAAAAAAAAAAUGAACGAAAGAAAAAGAACAAUUUCAUGCAGUGCCUGUUUCAGCUCAAAGUCUCAGUGGACUUUCCCCACAAUAAAUGUUUAAUCAAAACAGAAUCUGUGGGGUGCCUCACCCAGUGUCAUCGUCCCCCCGCCCCCCGUCCUGGUUCUAUGUUUGUUUUGUGUUUUGUUCAAUUUUUGAUAUUUUAGUCAAAUGGGAUACCCCCAGUCUCUAUUUCAAGGAGACAAAGUAAUAGUUGGGCAGUGUGUUUUUCUAGACUACACUUAGUACUACAAUAGAUGACAAAAAAUGUCAAAUAAAACAAACAAAAAAAUUAUUGCCAGCUCCACAGCAGAGUUGAUUUUUCUUUUUGAAGGGGGGCGGGUGGGGGGUGGUCUUGUGGCACUUUUAUGCCCGAUGUAAACUCAGUGGUAUUGUGGUAGGUUGGUUUAUAACAUGACAACAACAACACUUACACCAACAAAUGUUAUAAAGUUGUAACAAUUUUUAGUCGUAUGCAAAUAUUAAUGUAUGUUCUGAAUGUACAUUAUAGAAACACUUUAUCAAGUUUUUUUUUUUUUUUUUAAGAAACACAGGUGUCCUUCAAGAAGCUGUAUAGUGAAGGCCUUGUUUUAUUUUCUUCUAUUGAUUUCAAGCUUUUUGGUUUUCACAGCUAUAAACAGUAGGCACUGCCUUAAAGCUGGUUGCAUUUGGUGCAGGGGCUAAAAUUGCCACAAGAUUAAAAAUGAGUGUAAAUAACGCUUGACUUUUUUGUGAUUGUUACUGUUAUAUCCAGCCUAUACUGCAAGCAGCUGUUUUUACUGCAGUCAAUUACUGGAAGUAGAUAUAUUUCCUAUGCAAAACUGUUUAAACAAUAAAAUGAGCUAUGCUACAAAGCAACCAUU